AACACAUUGAGGACACUUUCAUUCAAUGAAGCCAUCCGUCCGCGACACAAUAAAACAUAUUUAAUUAAAAAACGAAGAGCUGGCAAUGCAUUCCUCGGCUCCAAAAGGCACCUCACAUUUAUUCAAUGCCCACUGUGAGGUGAAGGAGGACAAUCUAAAAGAUAAGGAGUUGUAUCACUCAAGCUGGCAGGAUCUGGUCAUGGAAACAAGACCAUGGGAAAAGACAACACUCUCUGAGAAUAACACUCAGAAAAAAGAGACGUAUGAGAAGAAACAUCUGGACAUCUUCUUAGUGCAAAGAUCUCCAGAUCAGAAGAUGAAGAUGGGAAGGCUAGGGGAGAGGAUGACUGAAUAUCAGCUUCCCUACAGGAAUGUUCUUCCUGUGCCCAUCUUUAUGCCAAGUAAAGUGAUGUCUGUCGCUAAAGAUUUGACAAGAGCUCCAACGCCCGCAGAACUGAAAGCCAUCAUGGAGUUUGAAAAAGCACUGUCCAAGGGUGUGAGUGUAGGCCGGAGAGAAAUUUCUGAGAUAACGAAAGAGAUGCCGAAAGUUAUUCAGCCAAUCAGGAUGGAUUUCAGAGCCUCCAAUCUGGUGGCUCCUAGAAAUGUACUGCCACAGUUUGAAGCUGUACUAAGAAGUUAGUAGAACUCAUGGAAACUAUAGUAGAUAGACAGAGAGGACUAGACAGAAAGCCUUUGGCCAAGUAAGCACUGCACGGCCAUUUAAAAUUGGUAUAAAUUUAUAUUUACAAUACAUUUGACUUAUGGUGUCAAACUGUCUGAACUUACUGUAGUUGUAUUUACUAGCGCCUUAAAGUUUUUACUGUUUACAGCUUUCAGACCUCAUAGAUAAACUUUGCUAAACAAAGGCACUAACACAGUUUUUCUGGUGCUGGUGUAUAUUUUUCACAUUGCCUUGAGUUAAACCUGUCACCAUUUUAAACCACUGAGCGGCACUAUAGGCUUACUGUUGAACUAUGAGAAAAAUAUUAGAUUAUGUUUAAAAAUAGUAAUAUUAAUACUUGACAUACAGCAAGUAGCUCUUAGGAAGGAUUAUUAAAUAUGUUAAAAUACGAGUCAAAAGAUAAAUGUCUGUGAAGGGUAAAAAGCGCAGGUACUGUCUAGGUUUUUAGCUGUCAGUGAGUAAGACAGUUUCAGUUUGUGAGGUAGUGGAGAGAUAAAUAUAGGUUGGUGAUGUAUAGGAAGUGUGCACAUUACCAGGAUGAAUUAUCAAAAGAAGAUUUAAUCAGUAUAAGUUGAACAAUGUUAAACUGGAAGUUGAUAGCUUUACUUUUACAGGUUUUUCAAGAAUGCAAGUGUCCUUAAAAGUUGAGUUGACAUGUUUCAAAAAGUGCUUCUUGCUGCUCUCAACUGAUGCUCUGUAUUUGUGUAUUCCACAGGCAGAAAAGUUUGGUAUUUGUUUUUCACGAUAAUCAGAAAAAAAAAAAAAACUAACUUUCUCAUUGAAUAACAACUAUAUUAGAAUACAAUUAAAAGACUGCUUUCUGAACAUAUGUUUUCUUGUUACUUUGUGUUUUAUUAAAGAUUCAUUGAUUGUGAGGGUUAAAGGUGGUUUGUUUUGUUAAUAUUAAUGUAAUUGAUAAAAAUAAAAAAAAAUUGAAUCAUAAAAUUAAA